AUGACUGAUUCUUCUCAUGUAACUCCUUCCUCAACUACUACAACAACAACAACUCUUCUCUCAGCUGCAUCCUCAACGUCAUCCACAUUACACAUGAAAGAAUGGGUGGCAGGAUGUUUCGGAGGACUUUCACAAAUUCUGAGUGGUCAUCCCUUGGAUACGAUCAAAGUGAAAAUUCAAACAGCAACAUGCAAUUUACAAAGAUCUUUGUCACCCAUGAGUUUGUUGAAAGAGAUUAUUCAAACAAAAGGAAUUCGAGGAUUGUAUCGAGGAGCUAUGAGUCCACUUUUCGGAGCUUGUAUUUUAAAUAGUGUCGAAUUUGGAGUCUAUAAUGAAUGUAAGCAAUGGUUCAAUAAACGACAUGACACCAAUGAAGGACCACUUCCUCUUUACAAAAUUGCAAUUGCUGGAGCAUUGGCAGGAGUUGCUGGUUCAGUGGUGACAACUCCCACUGAAUAUUUGAAAUGUAAUUUACAAGUAGAAUCGAAUAUGAAUCAUGUGAAAUUCAAUGGACCAUUUGAUUUGAUGAGACAUCUUUACAAACAUCAACUUGCCCAUUCUUCAAAUAAUUCGAACAGUCAUUCCUUCAUUGUGAAAUAUUUGCAUCAAAUACGAUCGUAUUUACAAUUUUACAAGAGUGUGAAUAGAGGAUUUGCAAUUACUACUCUUCGAGAAAGUGGACUUGCCUUAUAUUUUGGAUCAUAUGAAGCCACCAUUCGAUUGUUACAAUCGAUACACACGAGGAGAGACAACAACAACCACUCUCAUCCUAUUAAGCCACCCACAUGGCAUUCCUUAAUCGGAGGAGGAAUUGGAGGACUCGUUUUUUGGACCGUCAUGUUUCCAAUCGAUUUGAUUAAAACGAGAAUUCAAAUAGACUCUAUUCAGAGUUUAAAUACAACAUCAUCCACAAGGUCCUACGUCUCUUCAUGGGAAAUGAUGAAACGAAUCUAUUUGGAAAAUGGAGUAUUCGGAUUUUACAGUGGAUACAAGUCUGCAAUUUUGAGAGCUAUUAUUGUGAACGCAGCCGUGUUCGCAACCUACGAACAAGUCAAACAUUUCAUGGACAGAGGAGGACAUUAA